CCUCCGACAAAGGGAAACAUGGCGCCGAGGAUCCUCUCAAGAAAUUCAUCCCAUUCCGCGCCCUGGCUGUGUCUCCCACCGGGAGGGAUUUUGUUAUUAAGUGCAGACUCUCGCCGCACAGUAUGGGGGCAAAUGUUUGACCAGUCUCUCUGAUACUGUGUGCUUACCCUUAUACGCCGCACCGAAAAGAAAGUAAUAUUCUCGUUUCCUUAUUGAAUACUCAUCCUUGCGGCUCCCUCUCUCCAACCUCUUAUUCCGCUCCCCGCUUUUAGCCGGUCCCGAGGCUGCCCUGGCAUGUGCCUCCGUGAGGAAUAGUGCAUUAACCCUGCGAGUAUAAACACAAAGCGCCGCCCUCGCCGCUCCCCAGGUCAAAAGUCAUUCAAGCUGGCUGCCUCCAACCUUUCGACCCCCGACGACAUGCCCUCCCUCGCCUCGUCCGCUGCUCGCGCAGCAUCGCGAGCAUCCUCCAAUGCUGCAGGCGCUCGCCUGUCACAGGUGCGCAGCCACUUCAGCACCUCCGCCACCGCGAGACAAGAGAUCCAAGAAGCAUAUAUCCUGAGCGCAGCUCGAACGCCAACAGCCAAGUUCAAUGGCUCCUUCAUGAGCAUGUCAGCCCCUCAAUUGGGUGCUGUGGCGAUCAAGUCCGCCGUCGAAAAGUCCAAGGUGCCCGCCUCCAAGAUUACAGACGUAUACAUGGGCAAUGUGCUCUCCGGUAACGUUGGUCAAGCUCCUGCCCGACAAGCCUCCAUCUUCGCCGGCCUUUCCCCUUCCACGGAAGCAGUAACCAUCAACAAGGUCUGCGCUUCUGGACUGAAAGCCGUAGCCAUCGCCGCGCAGAACAUUCAACUUGGUCUGGCCGAAGCACAAGUCGCCGGUGGCAUGGAAAGCAUGUCUCGGGUCCCAUACUACCUGAACCGCGCUGCCCAGCAACCUCCCUUCGGACACAUUAAAAUGGAGGACGGCCUGAUUAAGGACGGUCUAUGGGAUGUCUACAACCAAUUCCAUAUGGGCAACUGCGCCGAAAACACCGCAAAGAAAUACAACAUCUCCCGUGAGGCGCAAGACGAGUAUGCCAUUCGAAGCUUUGAGCGAGCUCAAAAGGCAUGGGCCGAGGGCAAAUUCAAGGACGAAGUUGUCCCGGUCACGGUCAAAGGAAAGAAGGGAGAUACCAUCAUCUCCGAGGACGAGGGAUACACUAAUCUUAGGAAAGACAAGGUUUCCACACUGAAGCCGGCGUUCGUCAAGGAAGGAGGAUCAGUCACGGCGGCAAACUCGUCAACAUUCAACGAUGGUGCCAGUGCUUUGGUGCUGGGUAACAAGGCGAUCGCACAACAGUACGGCAAGGACAGCAGAGUACUGGCCCGCAUAGUCUCCUCAGCAGACGCGGCGAUCGACCCUGUCGACUUCCCCGUGGCACCGGCCAAGGCUGUGCCACUCGCUCUCGAGCGCGCAGGUCUGAAGAAAGAAGACAUUGCGAUCUGGGAGUUCAAUGAGGCUUUUGCUUGUGUGAUCAAGGCCAAUGAACAGAUCCUCGGCCUUGAAAAUGCUAAUGUCAAUCUCCUUGGUGGCGCCAUCUCUCUGGGCCACGCCCUCGGCAGCUCGGGCUCGCGCAUUCUGACGACAUUGCUGCACCAGCUGCAGCCCGGUGAGUAUGGUGUUGCAGCAAUUUGCAAUGGUGGUGGCGCCGCCACGGCGAUGGUCGUGCAGAGAAUCGCAAGCGUGGAAUAAGCACUGCAUAAGUUUUAUCGAUCAAGUUCUUCGAGGUUUUGAAGGGUCGAUGCCCAUUGCAUAGCAGCGUUGGUACUGGAGCGUAUUUCCUUCGAACUGUGAUCUGCACCAAGUGCUGUUUGUCUGGUUCAUGGCCACAAGAGUAGGCCGUUGUAAAAGGAUGCUACCCUUAUACUCUUCUCAGGCAGACAAUGGGGCUCAGCAGACAUUUGUCUCGAUAUCCGUUGGUCGCGUUUGGGUUAGGCAUGUAUAUUGGAAAAUG